AUUUCGCAAACGUGACUUGCGAGAACAGCUUUGCUCUACAGCACUAAUUCAGGCCCGCCAUCUAAGUACAGUAUACACUGGCGAUAGGAGAAGACGGUCCGGCACUGCGGCCAGGCUUAAGUCCUCGGCGACAGAAAGGUCCAUUCUGAGGCUCAGCACACACUGUUGCAAGACUGAAGAUGAAAAAUACCUUCUCUUUUACCGUCAUCUUUCUAUUGUGGAUAAACCUCGACAGCUCCGAUGCCCUGAAAACCACAGAAAUCUGCUACGUGCUGGAUGGGAUCCUAUUUGUCUAUGGCGUCACCCUGACCAUCUUGUACUGGAGAUUAAAGAUAAAAAAAGCAUCAUCGGAGAAUGGAGGACGUUCACAGAAAAACGCAGAAGGCGAAGGCAUUUACACCGGACUUACACAUCAGAAUGAGGACACAUACGAGACCAUCGAAAUGAAUAAGAAAGGAAUGGUGUGAAUAGAAGCGACAGGGUCAAGACGUACUCCUCUCUAGAGAAACAGACGUCACAGAGUGAGCCCGUAUCUGUAUAACCCAGCUAGCUCCGUUUCUGUACAUGUACCUCUGCUGAGAUGGCCUGCAUUUGGUGUAAUGUACUGUGUCUGCUUGCAGUGUGACCACUUGCAGUGUAACUGCUUGCAGUGUGAGAAAAAUGUGUUACUGUGUAAAAAACAUGUGUGCUGCUUGUGAUGUUGCAGACGCCUUCAAAUCUGUUUUAUUAUAAAUGCAAUAAUGAAUGCUUUUGAACUAUUUUUAAUUAAAGUAAACUUAUUGUA